AUGGUUAUGGAAAUGGAUUCAGCAGAGAAGCGUCUCAAUGAGCUUGGAUACAAGCAGGAACUCAGAAGAGAGAUGACAUUUUUCAAGACGCUGGCGAUUACUUUCUCUUCCAUGGCGGUGUUCACCGGAACGCCUUUGUAUGGGCAGAGCUUGCUGUAUGCAGGUCCGGCAAGCUUAAUAUGGGGAUGGGUUGUGGUCACUUUUUUCACCUGGUUUGUUGGGAUUGCCAUGGCUGAGAUCUGCUCUUCUUUCCCAACCACUGGGUCCCUAUACUUCUGGGCUGCCCAUUUGGCUGGACCAAGAUGGGGCCCAUUUGCUUCAUGGUGCUGUGCUUGGCUCGAAACAAUUGGCCUGAUAUCUGGAAUUAGUGCCCAGUCAUAUUCAGGAGCACAGGCAUUGCAAGUAAUUAUUCUUUUGUCCACUGGAACAAACAAGGGUGGGGGUUACUUUGCUCCUCGAAGUGUAUUCUUGUGCAUGUACGUCUUCCUCAUCUUCGUCUGGGCAGUACUCAACUCAUUUGCCCUCAAAGUAAUUGCAUACCUCAACAUCAUUUCCAUUUGGUGGCAGAUCCUUGGUGGUAUGGUGGUGAUUAUAAUGCUUCCUCUGGUGGCAAGGCCAACACAACCAGCCUCCUAUGUGUUCACUCAUUUCGAGAUGUCUCCUGAGGAAACUGGAAUAAGCAGCAAGCCCUAUGCUGUGAUUAUGUCUGUACUUCUAAGCAAUUACUGUCUAUAUGGCUAUGACACUGCUGCUCAUUUAACAGAAGAAACCAAAGGAGCUGAUAGAACUGGUCCUACUGCAAUUCUUUCUAGCAUUGGCAUCAUCACUGUGUUCGGAUGGGCAUACAAUUUAGCUCUCACUUUCAGCAUCCGGGAUCCUAGCUACUUAUAUGAUGUGAACAAUGAGACAGCCGGAGCACUCGUACCUGCACAAAUAAUAUAUGAUGCAUUCCAUGGAAGGUAUCACAAUUCAACUGGAGCCAUAGUCUUUCUGUGCAUCAUCUGGGGAUCCUUCUUCUUCUGUGGGCUUUCUGUCACAACUAGUGCUGCCAGAGUUGUUUAUGCUCUAUCUAGGGACAAAGGCAUUCCAUUCUCACCAAUAUGGAGAAGACUUCACCCGAUACACAAGGUUCCAGUAAAUGCAGUGUGGCUCUGCGCAACCAUCUCGACAGUUCUUGGACUGCCCAUCUUGAAACUCAAUGUGAUCUUCAAUGCCAUCAUUUCCAUCAGUACAGUUGGAUGGGUAGGUGGCUACGCUGUCCCCAUUUUUGCAAGGCUGGUCAUGGCCGAGAAGAACUUCAAACCAGGACCCUUCUAUUUGGGCAAAGCAAGAAGACCCAUUUGCUCGGUAGCCUUCUUGUGGAUAUGUUAUACCUGUUCAGCCUUCCUAUUGCCAACUCUAUACCCCAUCACGUGGAACACUUUUAACUAUGCGCCCGUAGCUCUUGGUAUAGCUUUGUCGCUGAUAAUGCUUUGGUGGAUUUUGGAUGCAAGGAAAUGGUUCAAAGGACCUGUAAGGAACAUUGAUUAUCAAAACGGAAAUGUUUAG